GGCCACGUUUCUUGUUGGCGGUUCAAAUCAGUAAGUUAGCAUUUGCUACUUGUUGCAGCCCACGUUGUGCAGAACUGCGAGAUGUGGAAAAUGCAGAGAAUUUUUGUGCUGAUCUUAUCCGGAACAACUUGAUUCCCGCUGGAAUCUGCGCAUUACAUGGAGGGAUGGAGCCUGAAAUUUCCUUGGUGGUUUGGACUACGGAGCCUGUCCCGUCCCGUCGCGGACAGACAAUUUUCUCAACAUUGGUUCGUCUUUUUAUACUGCUUCAUAGUGGCUUAUUAGAUCACCAGACCCAACUGGCACCCCAGCUUCCAGCUUCCGUCGUCAGAGUAGACCAGCUGCGGACACCGGGGGCUCCUUUUGCUCUGAAGAAAAAAGAGCAGAAAUACUCGGUGCAAAAAAGGUAGUGUUAUACUACAAUACGGUCAAGGUAUGUACUAAGUACUGUACUUGUGUAGUUGUGUACCUUCACUCGGCUGCUUGUUUAGUUCCAAUAAUCCAUAGUGCUCUGCUCAGAAGUCUUUCAUAACUCGAGAUGUAAAAGUCUUCUUGAUUAUUUUUAUUUUGAACUGUCGUCUUGAUUUUUUUUAAUGAUGCUUUGCAAUUAAGGCUUCCUGGGCCUGUAACGGGCCGAUAGACAACCCUCGUUAAUUAUUCUGUUACCGAAAUGGGGCUUUUGUUAAACCGGACCAGACGCAGCCUGCCUCGUCAGAAGAUUUAGUACCGUACUGGUAGAUUAAACAGGCCCAAACCUACUGAUAAGCUGGAUCUUGUCGGUCGAUCGGUUAAUUUCAUUUCAAACCAGGCCGAUCGAGUACUAUAUUUAGUACAUUGAAGCCUUGAAGGCCAACUGGUCACCACUUGGCUAAUCUUGCUGCAGCUCCUCACUAACUGGGCAAAACCUGACGGAGAGCCGAGGAGGCCUACGGAUUCUUUUCUUACAGCACGAAUCGGGAGGCGAAGAAGGUGUAGCGGACGUCGUCGUCGUCGAGCGCGCCGCCAAAUCAGAAUAGUCCUUCGAGAUCCACGCUCCACAUAAAAUUCCUCGCGUCUUCUUCACGAUCCGCUGGGCCGCGGUCAAACCGGUCCACAUAUUUUCCUUCUCCCAUGCUGCAGACGCACGUUAACCUUGACGCCGAUCUUAAUUUGGAGCACGGCACAAGGCGGCAGUUCUUGCUUCGAGUAAUUUCUUUUUCCCCCAUCUGACUUGAGUCACACUCAACGGAGCUGUCAGCGCGCUCUCGGGGACCGCGCGCGCGUGCAAUGCGUCCUCCCGGCCGGAUAUCAGAUCAAGCUUGAUUCAGAAGGACGCGAUAGAUGAACUGCCUGUGUAUAUGUAUAUAUAUGCCUCCGUCGUACGCGUUGGUCACCGCUGAAAUUAACGGCCAUGGCCAAGGACCUGCCGCUGUCUUGGCUGAUGGCUGUCGUGCUACUGGCUGUUGGCAGUGUAGUGGUAGGAGUGGUCAAAGGGCGUGCAUCCGCAGGGUCGUCGUCGUCGUCGUGCGACCUGUUCCAGGGGAGAUGGGUGGCGGACGCGUCGUACCCACUGUACAACACGUCCAGCUGCCCCUUCCUGCCGGACGUCUUCGACUGCCGCCGCAACGGCCGCCCCGACGACACCUACCUCAAGUUCCGCUGGAGCCCCGCCGCCUGCCGUCUCCCGACGUUUGACGGGUUGGAUUUCCUGAGGAGGUGGCGAGGGAAGACGGUGAUGUUCGUGGGGGACUCGCUGAGCAUGAACCAGUGGGUCUCCCUCGCCUGCAUGCUCCACGCCGCCCUGCCGGCUCCUGCCCGCGUCUCCUUCGCCACUGGCGAGCCCGUCUCGUCCGUCCGCUUCGAGGACUACGACGUGUCGGUGGUGCUCUACUUCAGCAGGUUCCUGGUGGACGUGGUCGUCCAGGAGGACAUGGGUCGGGUCCUCAAGCUCGACUCGCUGCAGGACGGGGCCAGCUCCUGGCUCGGCGCGCACCUGCUCGUCUUCAACACAUGGCACUGGUGGACCUACAAGGGCACAAGCCAAGUGUGGGACUAUAUGCAGGAGGGGAACAGAACGUACCGUGACAUGGACCGUCUCACCGCCUUCUCCAAAGGCCUCUCCACGUGGGCAAGCUGGGUCGACGCAAACAUCGACACAUCGCGCACCAGGGUCAUCUUCCAAGGCGUCUCCCCAAGCCACUACACGUCCAAGCAGCAAGAGAAGAAGGACGGGACGGCGUCAGGAUCAUCAGGUGGCUGUUACCAGCAGACGCGGCCGCUGCAGGUGGCCACGGACGGGGACGAGAUCGUGUUCCCGCAGCAAGUUGUGGUGCGUGGCGUUAUAAGUUCCAUGGCGACGCCCGUGUCGUUGCUGGACAUCACUUCGCUCUCGCAGCUCAGGAUCGACGCGCACCCUUCGGUGUACGGCGGACCGGCCCGGGAAGGCAUGGACUGCACGCACUGGUGCAUCGCCGGGCUCCCGGACGCGUGGAACCACAUCUUGUACGCGAUGCUGUUGUAGCACACGUGAAACGGCAAGCCGGUUGCUCCACGCGGUUGACGCUACGUCCAGAGCCAGGAAUUAGGCAUGAGAGGGGCGAGCUGGGAUUCAGGACAAAAUUAGAGACUUCAUCUAUUUUUUUCUGAGUACCGCCCCCUUUCUCCGUCCCUGGCUAGGUAAUCAAGGCCUAAAAAAAUGUGUGUGUGCAUGGCUUGCAAUUAUUGUUAACGCUCAUUGAUGAUGAACAGAGUGGAGGCUAUUCAAGGGAGCUGAUGGCGAUUUUCGCAUGGCCAAUCUUUUUUUUUACAAGGUUACAUCUUGUACAAGAAGAGAUACAAUUGGAUUAGGAGGGGUAUCUAGGCA